GCCAACCUUUCGACGAUAAAAUAAUUCUUUAUUUCGGAAAUAUAAAUUAAAACCGACUUAAUUAAUCCUGUUACACUGAUUGCGCUCGUUAAUUAUCCACUUUGAUUCGUGUGGCCCGGUUUCUGGUGAUGUGAUUGAUUCUUUAUUGACAUUAUUCGUAAAUGCGUUGUUUGUGAUUUUGUAUCAUGUACUUGUGUUGGGUUGGGGAGACUUCCUAAAUAGACGUUUGAUGUCGGGGCCGCGUACAAAAAUAACAUUGGUUCGAGUUGGAUUGAAGGGCUGACCGCGGGCCGAGCCCUGUCGACCAUGGCUACGGGAUUUGUGCUUCGUUUUUUUGUGUUUCUACUGGGAGUCCAUGGAUCGUUAUCAGCACCACCAGCGGACGAGACGCUUCCCCCACGUCCUAAAGAAGGGGGAGUACGGACAAGCUUCUGUGAAUUCCACAAUGACUCUCUGCCACCGCAUUGUGACAACUCUACUGACACAGCUAAUGUAAAGUGUAUCAAUGGUGUGAUGAAAGAAGCGUGCCAACCUAUAGAAAAUGAUAAGAGCACUCAUUGCUUUGUCUUAUGGCAGUUUGACAAUAUUACCAACACGGCAAUAGCUAAAGUCAAAGGUUGUUUCCUUGACACCGUUGCAUGCAACGACCGAGCAUCAAGCUGCCGGUUGCACUAUACGAAACUUGCUCUCCUUCACUGUUGCUGUGAAGGGGACAUGUGCAAUGCAAAUGCAACAUUCCCUGGAUUGGAAGCAGGAAUAGUUCCAACGGACCCUGCACCGGAAAAAGUUCCGGCGUCACCUCUGCCUACACCUGAAGAUGACACAACCGCCAUCAUUGUGUAUACUAUGACUCCGUUGUUCAUGCUGUUUGUUGUUCUAAUUGGCUGCUACAUGCUGUACAGGAGGCGUAAAGACACCUCCUUUGCUGAAUUAGCUAAUGGAGAAGUUUCAUUAUCAAGACCGCCCUCAGCCGGAGCAGGGAUGGAGAAUGAAGGAGCUGGCUUGGUCAGCCAGUUGACUCUUUGUGAAGUUAGGGCUAGGGGACGUUUUGGGGCCGUAUGGAGAGCAAAACUUGGUCCGAGAGAUGUUGCUGUGAAAGUCUUCCCGUUGCAAGACAAGCAGUCUUGGCUGGCUGAACAAGAGAUCUUCAGGCUGCCACGAAUGGACCAUCCGGACAUAUUGCACUACAUUGGUGUGGACAAGAAAGGAGACAACUUGCAAGCUGAGUACUGGCUCAUAACUGCUUUCCAUGAGAAGGGUUCACUGUGUGACUACCUGAAGGCGAACACGCUGACUUGGGCGGAGGCCUGGCGCGUGGCUGCGUGUGUGGCACGCGGCCUCGCACAUCUGCAUGAGGAGGGCGGCGGGAAGCCCGCAGUGGCCCACAGGGACUUCAAAUCAAAGAACGUGCUUCUGAAAGCGGACCUGAGCGCUUGUAUCGCGGAUUUCGGCUUGGCACUGGUGUUCGUCCCGGGGCGCGGCUGCGGCGACGCGCACGGCCAAGUGGGGACGCGUCGGUACAUGGCACCCGAGGUGCUGGACGGAGCCAUCAACUUUACGAAAGACGCUUUCUUGAGGAUAGACAUGUACGCCUGCGCACUGGUGCUGUGGGAGAUCGCCUCCAGAUGUUCAGAGGGCGGCAUCGAAGCCAACCCGUACCGUCUACCCCUGGAGGAGGAGGUGGGCGCUCACCCCGCGCUCGACGAGAUGCAGGAGGCCGUGGUGCAGCGCAAGAUGCGCCCGCGCAUACAGAACCAGUGGCGGGAACACCCUGGCCUGUCGGUGGUGUGCGACACGAUGGAGGAGUGCUGGGACCACGACGCGGAGGCGCGGCUGUCGGCGUCGUGCGUGCUGGAGCGGGUGAGCGCCGCCCGCCCGCCCGCCGCCGCGCCCCCCUAA